UGCCUGCAGUACAGAGAUCUUCCAGAAUGCUGGAGUCCUACGUAACCCCUAUUUUGAUGAGUUAUGUGAAUCGCUACAUAAAGAACUUAAAGCCUUCAGAUCUGCAGUUGUCCCUCUGGGGAGGAGAUGUUGUUCUUAGUAAACUCGAAUUAAAGUUGGAUGUACUUGAACAGGAACUGAAACUACCAUUUACUUUUCUAAGUGGUCAUAUUCAUGAGCUUCGAAUUCACGUGCCAUGGACAAAGUUAGGCUCAGAACCAGUGGUCAUCACUAUCAACACGAUGGAGUGCAUCUUGAAAUUGAAAGAUGGGGCUCAGGAAGACCACGAAAGUUGUGGUUCCAGCUCGACGAACCGCAGUGCCACGGAGAGCAUGAAAUGGGCGGUGAAACCCCGCCGGGUUCAGCACUCUGCUCCCCCCGACCCCGAUUUGCCUCCAGGCUAUGUUCAGAGUUUGAUUAGACGUGUUGUAAACAAUGUCAACAUUGUGAUCAACAAUCUCAUAUUGAAAUAUGUGGAGGAUGAUAUUGUUCUCUCAGUCAAUAUCACAUCUGCAGAAUGCUAUACAGUGGAUGAGCUGUGGGAUCGAGCUUUUAUGGAUAUAUCUGCUACUGAUCUGGUACUGAGAAAGGUGAUCAACUUUUCUGACUGCACCGUAUGUCUUGAUAAGAGAAAUGCCAGUGGAAAAAUUGAAUUUUAUCAGGAACCUUUGCUCUACAAAUGUUCCUUCCGGACUCGUCUGCAUUUUACUUAUGACAACCUUAACUCCAAAAUGCCGUCUAUUAUUAAAAUUCAUACAUUAGUUGAAAGUUUGAAACUUUCAAUCUCUGAUCAGCAGCUUCCUAUGUUUAUACGCAUAAUGCAGCUUGGGAUUGCUCUUUACUAUGGAGAAAUUGGCAACUUCAAAGAUGUAGAAAACGAAGAGUUGAUUUGCCACACUAAGGAUAUGAUGGGAAACAUCACAGGUACAGAGGAUGAAGCAAGCUCAAUAAUACAAUAUCCUACCCAGUAUAUUAAUCAAGAACCUUAUAUGCAUCAAGAUGAUGACCAGCAACAAGGAUGGGUGUCUUGGGCUUGGUCCUUUGUUCCUGCUAUUGUGAGCUAUGAUGAUGAAGAGAACAAUUCCAGUGGAAUGGAUGAUGGAACAACAUUACAGCAGCAGAAAUCACAAGCCCAGAAGGAUCCUAUUAUUUCCAUUGGGUUUUAUUGUACAAAGGCAACUGUGACUUUUAAGCUCACUGAAAUGCAAGCUGAAAGUAGUUACUAUAGCCCUCAGAAAGUAAAAUCCAAAGAAGUUAUAUGCUGGGAACAAGAAGGAACCACUGUUGAGGUCCUUAUGAAAGGUGAACUUUUCUUCGAUUGCCAAAUAGGUUUUGUUGGUUGUCAGGCUAUGUGCCUUAAAGGAAUUAUGGGAAUUAAGGACUUUGAAGAGAACAUGAACAGGAGCGAUGAAGAGGCCUACUUCUUUAAUUGUGGAGAAAAUUUGAGUGCAAAAGGCAUGACUUACCUUACCAAUUCACUAUUUGACUACAGAAGUCCAGAAAAUAAUAGUAUUCGUGCAGAAUUUAUAUUGGAUGCAGCUCAUCAUAAGGAGACGUACACAGAGAUAGCUGGAAUGCAAAGAUUUGGGGCUUUCUACAUGGAUUACUUGUACACAAUGGAAAGCACCGGUGGCAAAGUUCCUGGGAAUCAGCAAGACCUUCCUUCAGUCAAGAGUGAAGAUUUUGGACAUGUGCAGGAGAUGUCUACGAAGAACCUCAUUGUUGGUCCCCUCAAUCUUCGGUUGGAUAGCAGUGCCGUGCACCGCAUAAUGAAAAUGAUCGUUUGUGCUCUGGAACAUGAAUAUGAGCCAUACAGGAGAACUAAGCCAGAUGUUACAGAUGGAAAUAGAACUAUGCCGAGCUCAGAAGAAGUAGCAUCACUGGAAGAAUACAUCCCCACUCGACUUACAACAUUCACUAUUCUUAAGUGUACAAUUACAAUCCCUGUGGCAGAAUUCAAUUUACUGGACCACUUGUUGCCCAUAAUCAUGGGUGGGAAGAAUUCAGGGGGACUGUUAAAUGCUACAAGCUUCCAGCCCGUGCGGCCUUUGCCUUCCAUCAGAAUAUUGGUGGAUAAGAUUAACCUGGAGCAUUCUGUGCCGAUGUAUGCCGAGCAACUUGUGCAGAUGGUCAGCAGCCUUAGCCAGCCAUCUGAUAACCUGCUGCAUUACUGCUAUUCACACUGCUAUCUGAAGAUGUUCGGUUUUCAAGCAGGACUGACCUCUUUGGACAAUAGAGGGUUAUACUUCUUCCCUGCUCCAGUUAUUCCCUCUUUCAGUACUGCUGUUUAUGGCAAAGUGAUCAAGUUUCCCAAAUAUUGGACCAAGCGAGCUCAUGUUCCCCUCACGGAAUGCAUAUUUGAGCUUCCUAAUUUGACAAUUCAGGCAACAAGAGCUCAAACCCUUUUGCUUCAAACUAUUUAUCAGAGCUGGUGUCAUCCUGUUGGAAAUGUCAGUUCAGUGGUGGUAAAUGAAGCUUUGCUGAAUGAGAUUUUCCAAACUUCAGGUGUGAAAUCUAAGAAUCCCCUGCCAACUCUUGAGGGCUCAAUCCAGAAUGUUGAAUUGAAGUACUGCAGCACAUCAUUGGUCAAAUGUGCCUCUGGGACCGUGGGAUCAAUAAAAAUUUGUGCCAAAGCCCCAGGUGAUGGUGGAAAAGAGAAGCUGAUUCCUUUAAUUCAAGGCCCCUCUGACACCAGAGACUUACACAGCAGUAAAUGGCUCAAUGAGAGUAGAAAGCCAGAGUCUCUCUUAGCUCCAGACUUGGUAGUCUUUACAAUCCAAAUUCCACAGUGUAUGGACUACUGCCAUAAUUCUGGUGCAGUCCUUCUGUGCCGCAUACAAGGAGUGGCCAUUAACGUGGAUCCCGUCGUGUACACUUGGCUCAUCUACCAGCCCCAGAAACGGGCUGGAAGGCACAUCCCACAGUCCGUAGGAGCUGUUCCUCUUGGCGUGUCAGUACCUCGAAAAAAAGAGGAUGAAGCAUCAGUUGGAAGUGCCCCCUUGGCAAGGCAGCCGUCGAAUCAAGCCUCUGAGUACGCCAGCAGCCCUGUCAAAACAAAGACCGUAACAGAAUCUCGGCCUUURUCACUCCCUGUGAAAACCAUGCUGAACUCGUCGGAAAGCUGCACAAGUCCUGAAGAAAGAAUGAAGGAAUUUAUUGGAAUAGUGUGGAAUGCAGUUAAGCGCCUUACACUUCAGCUCGAAGUGCAAUCCUGCUGUGUUUUCAUCCCCAAUGACAACCUGCCUUCGCCAAGUACUAUCGUGUCCGGCGACAUUCCCGGGACCGUGCGAAGCUGGUACCAUGGGCUGAGCUGCAUGCCCGGCACGCUCGUCGUCUGCCUGCCCCAGAUAAAGGUUAUGAGUGCUGGGCACAAACAUAUGGAACCGCUGCAAGAGAUCCCAUUUGUUGUGCUCAGACCCAUUCUUGAAGAAGGUGAUGCCUUUCCUUGGACAAUCAGUCUGCAUAAUUUCAGUAUAUACACUCUCCUUGGACAACAGAUGACRCUAAAUUUAGUGGAUCCGAUGGGCUGUACUUCUACUUUAGCUGUUACUUCACAGAAACUGCUGGCUUCAGGGCCAGAAGCCAGACACUCAUUUGUCGUCUGCCUCCAUGUCGACCUUGAGUCCCUUGAAAUAAAAUGCUCAAACCCCCAGGUGCAGCUUCUGUAUGAGCUGGCAGAGAUCGCAAGUAAAGUUUGGAAAAAAGUUCAGAAGAGAGGAAUUCUUUCUCAGUCUUCUGCCUACGCCGAGCCCGUGCCGGGCGCUGUCCCUCCCAGCUCUCCGGUUAAAAGCAGUGUGGGCACCGCGCCGCCGGACACCAGCACGUGCAGCCCCUCUGCCGACAUCGGCACCACCACCGAGGGUGACUCUCUUCAGGGUGGUGACGAUUCUCCCUUCUCAGACUCGGUUACGUUGGAACAAACUACAAGUAACAUUGGAGUGUCCAGCGGACGUGUCAGCCUGUGGAUGCAGUGGAUGUUGCCAAAAAUUACUAUAAAACUGUUUGCUCCUGAUCCUAGAAAUAAUGGCACAGAAGUUUGUGUUGUCAGUGAAUUAGAAGAUCUCAGCGCCUCAGUGGACGUGCAGGACGUGUAUACCAAAAUCAAAUGUAAAAUAGAAAGCUUCAAUAUUGAUCAUUACAGAAACAGCCUCGGAGAAGACUCUUGGUCUCUGGGGCAGUACGGAGGUGUUUUCCUUUCCUGUACUGACAAGCUCAACAGACGUACCUUGUUGGUUCGACCCAUGAGCAAGCAGGACCCUUUCAGUAAUAUCUCUGGCUUCUUCCCUUCUGCAACUUCAAAACUUUUGGAUGGCUCCCACCAGCAACAUGGAUUUCUUUCUCUCACUUACACCAAGGCCGUGACAAAAAAUGUCCGGCACAAACUGAUAUCAAGGAAUGAACGGAGAACAUUCCAUAAGCUCUUGGAAGGGCACACGGAUGGGUCUCCUCACUUUCUUCAUGAGAUCCUUCUCUCUGCUCAGGCUUUUGAUGUGGUGCUCUGUUUUCCUUUGCUUAAUGCAAUUGCAAGCAUUUUCCAAGCCAGGUUGCCAAGGAGCCAAAAGGAGAAAAGAAAAUCACCAGGCCAGCCCAUGAGGACUCACAUGCUCACCUCCCGCAAUUUGCCUCUGAUUUAUAUCAACACUGGAGUAAUUAGAGUCUUUUUCCCCCAAAAUGAGGAAAACCGUCAUAACGCAGAAGCUAAUCCAGCAAUUAAAGAAGAUACUUUGGUUCUCAAGAUUGGAUCUGUCUCUAUGGCUCCCCAGGCUGACAACCCUCUUAGUAGAGCUGUGCUCAGAAAAGACAUUUAUCAAAGAGCCCUGAAUUUAGGGAUACUUCGAGACCCUGGAUCAGAGGUGGAAGACAGACAAUAUCAAAUAGACCUCCAGUCUAUAAACAUUGGUACAGCUCAUUGGAAUCAGUUGAAACCUGAGAAGGAAAAUGCAAAAGGAGGGGUGCUAACAGAGAGCGAAAGAAAUUCUCAAAACCCAGCACUUGAAUGGAACAUGGCCAGUAGCAUAAGGCGGCAUCAGGAAAGGAGAGCAAUUUUAACUCCAAUUUUAACAGAUUUCACAGUUCGAAUAACUGCAGCUCCUGCAAUUAUUUUCACAAAAAUUGAUGCUCCGGAGAAUUUGCACCCAGAGGAGAUUUUAGUGUGUGGUCAUUCUUUGGAGGUAAAUGCAACAACAAAUCUGGAUUUCUUCCUCAGUGUGGCUCAAGUACAACUUCUUCAGCAGCUAGUAGAAGCCAACAUGGUUGGACUGGAACCUUCCAGUAGCACUACUGAGGUUUCCAAGCAAGAGCAGAAGAAAACGGAUGUGUCCGAUGGAGGAACGGCCGACACCUCGUCCCGUUACAGCGGGGCGCAGGACAGUGGCAUUGGCAGCGACAGCGUGAGGAUCCGCAUCGUGCAGAUCGAGCAGCACAGCGGCACCAGCCAGCACCGCCUCGCCCGCCCCUCGCGCCACUCCUCCAUCGUGAAGAACCUCAACUUCAUCCCCUUCGACGUGUUCCUCACGGCGAGUCGCAUCUCCCUGAUGACCUACUCGUGUAGCGCCCUACCCAAACCGAAAUCCCCGCCGGCGCCCAAGGAGGGCGAGAAAAGGAGCAGAAGCUCCUUGAACCUGCCRGUGGCGGCGGGUGCAGGGAGCCACCACGACGGCGACGAGGUCCCACAGGGAGGCAUCUCCUCCGUCACGGCGGCCGAUCUGCUGAACGGUAACGCGGCACCGGCCGCGGGCAGGAGACCCGGGCUCUUGUCCCUGGAAAGCCUGCACGCUUCCACGAGGUCGUCCGCCCGGCAAGCCCUUGGCAUAACCAUCGUGCGGCAGCCCGGGCGCAGGGGCGCCGGCGACGUGGAGCUCCAGCCCUUCCUCUACCUCGUGGUGUCGCAGCCCUCCGUGCUCCUCAGCUGCCACCACCGGAAGCAGAAGGUGGAAAUAUCCAUGUUUGACGCAGGGCUUAAAGGAGUAGCCUCGGACUACAAGUGCACGGAUCCUGGCAAGACUCUCCCAGAAGCUCUGGAUUAUUGCAAGACUUGGUUGCAGACGGUAGCGGGAGAGGUGGACACCAAAAGUGGAAUUCCACCUCCUCUGGUCACAGUGCAAAUUAAAGACUUCCUUAAUGGACCAGCUGACAUAAAUGUGGAUAUAUCAAAACCAUUGAAGGCAAAUCUCAGUUUUGUCAAACUUGAUCAAAUAAACCAGUUUUUGAAGAAAGUUGUAAACACAAAUGAUUAUGAACCCAACAAGGAGGCUGCUAAAUCAACUGCUGCUGCUACAAGCACGGAUGCCACAACCAAACACUCCGGUACAAGGGAUUUGCUGCCUGCAGUAAACGCUAACAGUGCCCCAAAUAUUUUGGGACAAGAAAACUGGUGGAGAGCUCUUUCCUGCUUCCAGAAAAUUUCCAUCCACACCGUUCAAAUGGUCGUUUCCAUGGAAACCAUCCCGCAUCCAAGUAAACCUUGUUUGCUAGUCUCUUUAUCAAGCCUCAGUGGGAGCCUGAAUAUCAAAAGUGGACAUAAAGCUACAGGGAUUCAUGGAUCAUCUCUUGUCCUUGACUUGAAAGAUUUCCUACUUAAGACAAGCCUCAAGGAAAGAGCCAGACCUCUGCUCGGCCCUUUCUGCUGCUCAGUGCACGUGGAAGCCAAGUGGUGCAAGCACAGYGGGGACCCCGGGCCCGAGCAGUCUGUGCCCAAGCUGCACCUCCACCUGAGGGGGGGACUGCUGCAGGUUUUCUGGGGCCAGGAGCAUUUGAACUGUUUAGUUCUUCUCCAGAAGCUUCUGCAGGAGUACCUCACUAGAAACGGCAGUGCAAACUCCUCCGUAUCUGAGCGUACCUACCCCACCUGUUCUUCUGGAGAGAGGAAUCASACCUCCAAAACUGAGCAUACCUCAGAUGAUCUGAGAACAGGCAUGUUCCAGUAUAUACAAGAUGCAGAAGCACAAAAACUGCCCAGUGCCUAUGAAGUUGUGUUUUACAAUGAAACUGAAGAUAGUCCGGGAAUGAUGUUAUGGAGAUAUCCAGAACCCAGAGUGCUCACUCUUGUAAGAAUUAACCCUGUUCCUUUCAAUACUACUGAAGACCCAGAUAUUAGUACUGCUGACCUAGGAGAUGUUCUUCAGAUUCCUUGCAGCUUGGAGUACUGGGAUGAGCUUCAGGAAUCAUUUGUUGCAUUCCGGGAAUUCAGUCUAUCAGAAAGCAAAGUCUGUGAGCUGCAGCUGCCCAGCAUCAACCUUGUGAGUGAUCAGAAGGAGCUCAUAGCCUCGGAUCUGUGGAGGAUUGUCCUGAACAGCAGUCAGAACGUGCCUGAUGACCAGAGCUCAGAAAGUGAAUCUGGCUCCCAAAGUGCAUGUGAUCAGCUUGUAACUCCGACGGCGUUGGCAGCCUGUACCAGGGUCGACUCCUGUUUCACUCCUUGGUUCGUGCCCUCACUUAGCGUCUUGGUCCAGCUUACUUACUUGGAAGUCCACCUCUGCCAUCACCUCGAUCAACUAGGAGCAGCUCCACCAAAGUUUCUUCAACCAUUUACCUCCGACAGAAGCCUGCCCUCUGAACUGGAAUACAUGAUCAUGUCCUUCGAUGAGCCUCACGUCUGUCUUCGUCAGUGGAGAGAUGAGUCAGUCUUCCAGGAGAUCCAGUUUUCCACUCAAGCCAGCUGCAAGCUGCUGGAGUGCCGAAACGUGACUCUGCAGAGUGUUGUAAAGCCUUUCAGAACCUGGGGGCAAAUUGCUAUUUCCAGCAGUACCAACGGAAGAAUCUUGGACAGCACAAUAAUGGUGGACCCCGUUUUCAUCGGCUUUGGCCAAUAUGCAAUUCAUUCUCUAAACACAGCCGUUGAAGCUUGGCAACAGAACCGGUGCCCUGAGGCAGAGGAAUUGGUCUUCAGCCAUUUUGUGAUCUGUAAUGACACACAGGAGACACUGCGGUUUGGCCAGGUGGAUACUGAUGAAAACAUUUUGCUGGCGAGUCUCCACCGUCACCAGUACAGCUGGCGCUCUCACAAGUCCCCACAGAUGUUACACAUCUGUAUCGAGGGCUGGGGAAACUGGCGUUGGUCUGAACCCUUCAGCGUGGACAACACGGGGACCUUCAUUCGAACCAUUCAGUACAAGGGCCGGACGGCAUCGCUCAUCAUCAAGAUUCAGCAGCUCAGUGGGGUGCAAAAGCAAAUCCUUAUCUGUGGAAGACAGACAGUCUGCAGUUACCUUUGUGAAAGCAUUGAACUGAGGGUGGUUCAGCAUUACAUGGGGCAGGACGGGCAGGCGGUUGUUAAGGAGCACAUCAACUGCCUUGCAGCCAAGCAGAAGCUGCCUUCGUACGUCCUGGAAAACAGUGAGCUCACAGAGCUGAGUGUCAAAGCUCCUGGGGACGAAGACUGGUCACAAGACGUAUGUCUGACUACUAAGCAUGCAGAACACAGCACUGUCAUUCAGGUACCCUCUUCAAAGAGCUCAAUUACUUAUGUAUGGUGCACAGUUUUGACUUUAGAGCCCAACUCUCAAGUGCAGCAACGAAUAAUUGUUUUCAGCCCUCUUUUCAUUGUAAGGAGCCAUCUUCCAGACCCAAUUAUUAUACACCUAGAGAAAAGAAGCUUGGGAUUGAGUGAAACACAAGUGAUUCCAGGGCAAGGUCAAGAGAAGCCAUUGCAAAAUAUAGAACCUGAUCUUACCCACCACCUGACGUUUCAAGCCAGGGAAGAAGACGACCCAUCAGAGUGCGCAGUGCCCAUCUCAACUGCACUUAUAAAACAGAUUGCCACGAAAUCCCACCCGGGUGGCUCUGCAAACCACAUCCUGAGCGAGUUCUAUGGGGCCGCCAGCCCUCCGCAGCCCACGUGGCCAUAUAAUAGGAAGGAUUCGGACAGCAGCGAGCAGCUCUCGCAGUGGGACAGCCCGAUGCGGGUGAAGCUCUCCGUGUGGAAACCAUGUGUGAAAACGCUGCUCAUAGAACUGCUGCCCUGGGCUUUGCUCAUCAAUCAGUCCAAGUGGGAUCUCUGGCUGUUCGAGGGAGAGAAGAUAGUUCUUCAGAUACCCACUGGGAAAGUAAUUAUACCUCCCAACUUUGAGGAAGCUUUUCAAAUUGGAAUAUACUGGGCAAACACUAAUACUGUUCACAAAUCAGUGGCAAUCAAACUAGUCCAUAAUGUGACCUCCCCAAAAUGGAAGGAUGUCGACACUGGGGAAGUGGUAACGUUGGAUGAAGAAGGUUUUGUUGAAGCUGAAAUAAAACUUGGUGCUUUUCCAGGUCAUCAAAAGUUGUGUCAGUUCUGCAUUUCCUCUAUGGUCCAACAAGGUAUACAAAUUCUGCAAAUAGAAGACAAGACAACAAUCAUCAAUGAUACAUCCUAUCAAAUCUAUUACAGACCACAGCUUUCUAUUUCCAAAUCCCACUCAGGAGAAGAGCUGGUCCGCCUGCCGGACGGCGCCGUGUUCAGCGUGGGUGCAGCUGGGGCACCAGGCAGCGAAACGCUCAGCUCCAUUCCRUGCUGGGACCUCGUGUCGGACCUCGGUCCCCUGACUUCAGGAGCAUCCCCUUCCCAAAAGCACAUCCUGCUCAGCUUCAGCCCGGGKGGCUGUGCCGGCCGGCCGGAGCUCUGGAGCCUGCCAGCCCUGAUUAAGCAGGAGUUCCCUCGGCAGAGCGUGGCAGUGCCCAUAGGGGGCUGUAAUGAAAGUGGAUUUUGUACCAGAGCUAUAGCACUGACUUAUCAAGAACAUCUUGGCGUGACAUACCUAACACUUACAGAAGACCCUAGUCCUCGUAUAAUCAUCCACAACAAGUGCCCCGUUUCGUUGCUUAUAAAAGAGAACUUCAAAGAUACACCAAAGUUUGAAGUUUACUGUAGAAAGAUUCCAGCUGAAUGUUCAGUUCAUCAUGAACUUUACCAUCAAGUCUCCAGCUAUCCAGAUUGCAAAACCAGAGAUUUGUUACCCAGCAUUCUUCUGAAAGUGGUACCAUCCGAUGAAUUCGUAAAUGAAUGGAGUGAUUUUGUGGACAUAAAUAAUCAAGGAACACAGAUCGUGUUCUUAACUGGCUUUGGCUAUGUUUAUGUGGACAUUGCCCAUCAGUGUGGAACAAUAAUAAUAACCUUGGCCCCAGAAGGAAGAGCAGGACCCAUUGAGAUCAAUCUCAACAGAAACCAAGAGCAGACCCUUUUAUUGAAAAUGUUCGUCAAUCAGUUGAGUCUUGCUGUGUGUGAUGAUAUCACAAAUCACAAAGUGUCCUCAGAACUUCUGCGCCUCACGGCAGACAAYGUUUUCCUCCACCUGGCCCCAGGAGCCAGCUACCUGAAACCGCUGACGCACGAGCUCCAAAGGGAGGCCGUGGAGGGCCUCCCACAGCUUUAUAGUCUCCAACUGUAUUGUGAAGAUCUGCAACUGGACAAUCAGCUGUACAACAAAUCCAAUUUCCAUUUUGCAGUCCUGCUUUGCCAAGGAGAGAAAAACGAGACCAUGCAGUGGUCUAGAGUGAGCAACCUCAUUGCGUCUAACAAGGAUUUGGAAAACUAUAAGGAAAACUGCUUUAUAAAACUCUGCAUUGCUUUGUCCAAGGAAGARAAAUUCAUGUUUCACAUUAACGACCUCAGCUUUGAGCUCAAACCAGCUAGGCUGUAUGUGGAAGACACCUUUGUUUACUACAUUAAGACUUUGUUUGAUACGUAUCUUCCUAAAAACAAAGCCAUUUGUCAGCCCACAAAUACUGCGGAUGCUAUGCUUAUCCUGCCCAAACAAGUGAGAGAACAUGCAAGAGCUUUAGUCAGGCCAGUGAAAUUAAGAAAAUUAACGAUACAACCUGUUAAUCUCCUCGUCAGCAUUCAUGCUUCGUUAAAACUGUAUAUAGCCUCGGAUCACACUCCUCUGUCCUUCUCUGUGUUCGAGCGAGGACCCAUCUUCACCACUGCCAGACAACUCAUCCAUGCCUUGGCCAUGCAUUAUGCUGCUGGAGCACUCUUCCGAGCAGGCUGGGUUGUUGGAUCUCUGGAAAUCCUUGGAAGCCCGGCCAGCCUGGUGAGAAGCAUAGGGAAUGGCAUAGCGGAUUUCUUUAGGCUCCCAUAUGAAGGGCUCACCAGAGGCCCAGGAGCAUUUGUGAGUGGAGUUUCCAGAGGAACAACGUCAUUUGUAAAGCACAUUUCCAAAGGUACACUGACGUCAAUUACCAAUCUGGCAACGAGUCUCGCUCGGAAUAUGGAUAGGCUGUCCCUGGAUGAGGAGCACUACAACAGGCAAGAGGAAUGGAGAAGGCAGCUGCCCGAGAACCUGGGAGAAGGACUCCGGCAGGGGCUCUCCCGCUUAGGCAUUAGCCUGCUAGGUGCAAUUGCCGGGAUUGUAGAUCAGCCCAUGCAGAAUUUUCAGAAGAUAUCCGAGGGCYCGGCUUCCGCGGGGCACAAAGCCAAAGGCGUUAUCUCCGGAGUGGGAAAGGGGAUCAUGGGGGUCUUCACCAAGCCCAUCGGCGGCGCGGCCGAGCUCGUCUCCCAGACGGGCUACGGUAUUUUGCAUGGAGCUGGACUUUCUCAGCUUCCCAAGCAGCGCUCUCAUCCAAAUGAUCAACAUGUUGAGCAGGCUCCAAACAGCCACGUCAAAUAUGUCUGGAAAAUGCUGCACUCUCUGGGAAGGCCAGAAGUCCACAUGGCCCUCGAUGUGAUGAUUGUGAGUGGCUCGGGGCAGCAGCACGAGGGCUGCUUGCUGCUCACCUCAGAGGUGCUCUUUGUGGUCAGCCUCAGCGAGGACACCCAGCAGCAGGCSUUCCCCGUGACCGAGGUCGACUGCCUGGAGGACCAACAGCAAAAGAACCUGCUGAGGGUGCAGCUAAAACAGCAGAGGGUGCCUUGUGAUGUGGAGGCAGAGGGAGCCCGGGAGAGGCUGUCGGAGCAGCAGUACAGCCGCCUCGUGGACUACGUGACCAGGGCCUCGUGCCACCUGGCGCCGGGCUCGGCCCCGGCCUCGGCGCCGCCGCCGCCCGCCGCCGCCACCACAACCUACCGCUACGGCGCCGAGCCCAGCCAUGCCCGGGUGUUCCUCAGCACCUUCACCAUGGUCAAAAACAGAGCCUUGAGGAAGGGCUUUAAUUAAUGGGUGGUCGUGGCAAGAGGAGCGGCCUCGUACCGUUUCGGAAGCGGGGCUUGCUGUGCAGGGCACUGCGCCAUGGAGGUACACGUCGCUGUUGGGACGUUCUGUUCAGCAACAGAAUUACACCUAAUAACAGCUUGUCUAACAUUCCUGCUGUCCAGCUGAGGACUAGUGCUGGGAGGAAAGCGCUAGUCUAACAGACCAAGUGGCAACGGGACAGUAUUGGASUACAAAGUGAACCAAAAUGCUUUGUCCUUUCAAUACCCGAAAAAAAAMCAGAGAAUAAGGAAAAUUUGAGUGCACAGACACAUUUUUGCCCAACACAAAAAUUCUAUCAAUACCUCCUAUAUCAUAUUUUAGGGUCUGCCAGUUUCUGUUAUAAACCAGGUUUAUAACUCAGCUGUAAAAACUAGCUCAAGGUUGAGCUUUCGCCCCUACCCCACACACACUCCUCCCAACAUGUACGUCCUGAGGCAAAACAUUUUCCCCCACUAAAUCUGGAAAACCCAGUAUGGCUGUUUUAAGUUACUAGUGACAGCUGGGUUUUAGCACCACUUUAACCUUAAAAUAGCUUCCUUUAUUUGACUGAAGUUUUGCAGGACAUUAGUCCUUAAUGUAAACUAGUGCCUUUGUGCGGUUUGGAGAACAAAACGCUAACUACGACAUCCAUUUAUUUUUAAAACUGUCUGUAUACAGAGACUUUAUUUUAUCCACCAUGAAAUUUUCGGAGGGACUUUCAUCAUAUGUGUGGCGUUGUGCGUUGUCUGGUAGUUAUUUGGGAGGCAGUAACAUGCAGUUUAGAAACGGAGUCGCCUUCAAUUUAGUGCUCCGUCUCCUUCAACUCCACCAAAAAUCCAUGAGCUCCAUGUAACGCAGAAGGGCAGGUGCUGAGCGUAGCCUUGCUCGGUAUCACUUCCUUCUUAUCUCCACCACUACCAUAGUGCAUUUUCUUACUUAAGGCUUAAUUUAUUUUAAGCUUAUCAUAUCUGAAGUGAUAAGAACAGGCAUAUUCAGCAACAUGAAGCAAAAAUACRAUUUUUUUUCAAUUUAUCCAACAGUAUAAACCCACAGACUCCA